AUGAACAUAGUAGAUGAGGAUGACUGCACUUUCGAAAAGAGAUUAAAAUCACUGAUGCAAGAUAAUAAAAUUAAAAAACAACUUAAUACAAAAAGGUGCAAUGAAAAUUUUCAUAAUUGUGACAAUUUUUAUGAUUCCUAUGAAAAUGUUCAUAAUAAUGACAAUUUUUAUGAUUCCUCUGAAAAAUAUUU